CAACAGGCUCGAMUUCUUAGACAAGUACGUCGUAUCGAAAAUAGAGUGAUGCCAUUCAACCACUGAUUGUGUGACACCGAACUUCGAAAUUCUAAACUAGUGUUGAGCAGAUGACGAAGGACGAUCUUUGUUUUAUGAAUCAGCACGUGACAUCUUUUGCCAGGGAAAAAAAGGCGAAGAAUGGUACAGCUUCCAUUCUCGGUGAGAUUCGGGAACAACUGCACGAUCUAUGGGAUGGUGCGACCAUGAAGACCAUGGAAACAACGARCCAUCACGACGAUUGCAAUCACGGUUGCAGCUGCGACUCCUACCAUGGUCACGUUCACGAUGACGAUGACCACAAAACGCUGCUAAUGAACGACCUCUGCAAAACCCUUUCGAAGCUAGCCCAAUGGGAGAUCGACAAAGUCAACCAGAAUCCAAUCAGUUGCGACGACGACGACGACGAUAGCUCAAUGGCAAAGCGCAUAGUGCGCUUGUCGAAAACCAUGAUGGAAUUCAUCGACGAAACAGAACCGAAAGCGGAAACAAGAUCAGAAACAAAAACUUCCUUCCUUCUAUCGGCGGACCAGCUGGAUCAAAUCAUCACCGGGUGCCUGCUAAACAUCUAUCGGAUGUCCUCCGUGGUGAACGGUUUUCCGGCGGACACGAUGUCCUUUUACGAUUGGUGGAGAAGCCACAUACUGGUUUGGAUCACACCCUCCUCAUGGACCACGGGUGGCAUACUAGCUCUGCGCGGGCGGCAAAAGCAACGGCAGCGAGAGGAGAUAGCAACCCGAAGCACCCUCGGGUGGAAGCACUUGACAGCGAUGAUAGCCGAAACGAUGGAGCAGCUAACUCCUCCACCCUAUUCGUAUGUGGUGAGCGGAGCGGGAUCGCCAGUGGUCAACGGGAGGUACGUCCUGUCGGCCGAGUGCCUGUGGAACACGCCGACGGCAGCAACCAGAGACCAAGGCCCGUGCCCGAAUCGGAAGCAAUCGCAAUCGCAAUCGCAAUCGCAAUCGCAAUCGCAAUCGCAAUCGCAAUCGCAAUCGCAAUCGCAAUCGCAAGAAGAGGUCCACUACCAGCGUAGAUAUCGCUACUAUGGACCCCCAAUAAAUACAAAUACAACCACAACCACAACCACCAACGGCAACGGCAACAGCAACAGCAACAGGAACGUUUUUUUGUACGAAAAGACAUCCCUUGGAACGACCGUGAGCCUGUGCCGAUGUGACAUGAGCAACGGGCCCACUUCCAGGGGAAGCAGGUCCGUCUGGUUCCUUACCGAACUCGACGAGGAGCAACCCAACACGGAUUGCGACCGGGAUUACUACUACGCCCCGCCGCCAAGCACGAGCGCACCACCACCAGAGCCACACCGAGGGCCGCGGCGCCAGCGGCUCCCCCCGGACGAGGGGUGGACCACCUGUCCCGGGGGGCACGGGAUCUUUCCGGCUCCCGGGGUCUCGAAAGAGCUGCACUUCCACGGAGGUCCAGGCGCGGACCCACAUCGCCGCAGGCUGGCCGAAUGGAUUACGGAUCACGGCGUGGUGGCGAUCGGACUCUCCGCGCCAGGAUCGAAGUUUGCGGGAUCUGGAUCCCGCUCUCGCGAUGGUUGGAAUCAGAGCCUAUCGGAAACGGAGGACUGUGUCGGCAACCGUCGCCACAGAGAAAACGGGAUUGCUUCCUGCCUAGAAAUUUUGAUGGAGCUCUACGACGAAGAAGAUACAAACCGGAACGAUCAGCUGCCGGGACACAACGGGUCGCGGGCUCGGGUUUCAUCGUCACUAGGAACGGAAUUCCUGGUGAAGUUUGCUGCAUGGUGCCUGUGGCAUCGUGGUAUAUUAGCACAAACAAAAACGCGGCAACAAAUCCAUCGACACGGAGUCGAAACAGCAGCAGGAAGUGCCAAGGGUUGACUAACGACUGUCGGGACACGGGUGCGGGGAUCGGUAACGAACUGAGUGUUUCCGCAAUUGAUUUCCAAAUCGCAACAUUGAAAUGCGAGACGGUCGGGUCAGAAGCCAUCGAAUUUCGAGAAGAUUAGAUGGUUGUUCGUGUUGUUGCAACGAAACUUCUCAGGCCGUGGGCUUGGACAAAAUUGGCUCUGAAACCUGCCUGGGGAAGGGUGAGGGAACAGUGCUCGGAAAACAAUCUCAUUCGUGCAGCGAAUGGCUAUGGCGGCGACUGGAACUGAAUGUGCCUGUGUGGCCAUUUCAGUGAUCUAAGACCCCCCGAACGCCAAUAAGUGCCAACGUAGCACCGCGGUGCGGGUCGCUUUUCCAUUCAAGUAGUUCCAUACGAACUCGUGUUCAUUAUACUGAACUUCAGUUGCGAUAGCUAGCGUGGUACGAAUACGACAUCAAUGUUAAA